CUGAACCAGGAAGUACUCUAGUUCGCUACUAGCCGUUAUCAGCGCCGAGAAGUGAAAGUGUGUGUUAACAAAAGUUUGUUCCGGUCACAUUUAUCAGCCCAGCUGCUGUUUAUAUGUUUCAGACACAUGUCGGGGAGCGUGGCGGUAAACGGACACGUCUGUCGCUGGUAGAAGAGGAGAGAAAAGUGUGAGUUCUGACUGUUUUAGGAGGGUUAGCUAGCUGUUAGCUAACGAGCUAACGAAAACAUAAUACUGAAAAUAUUCUUCCUCUUGUGAUUUAUCAGUCUUUGUCAUGUUUAAUAAUUAAGUUCAUGAAGAUUACCGUGCGUGUUUAAGCACCUUAAACUGUCAUGUGUAACGAUAACCUAGCAUUAACACUAGGAGGUGUUUAGUAAGCUGGAAACGAACGAGAGGAGAGCUUCAUAUGUCAGAAAUGAUCAUUCAAACCUUCAUUAAAUGUCAUUUAAGCUUUCAGUUAGUAUAAUUUAAACAUUCAUGAAGUGUAAUUUAAACCUUUAUUAAGUAAUUUAGCAUUUCAGGACUCUUAAUAGUGUUUUUAGGUGACAUCUAGUCCUGAAAUGACAUCCACAAACUCUCUUAUUCUUAAAGUAAGAUUAAACCUCACCUGUGUCCAGAGUCAGACACUUUUUUGACAUUAUACUCUCAGCAGUCAACCUGAAAACUCUUUACAGCAGGUACAACACACCACAACACAAAAUAGAAAACACAGGAUUAAGGGAUCACUGGAAAAGGAGCUUAUUUUAACCAGCUGUAAGUAAGUUAGUAAGAUAAGAUCAGUAUAGUGAAUGAUACAGUUGCUCCCAAACAAAGCUCUCGCUGAACAGAGAAGGUUCAGCAGAUCUCUGUAUCAUUGAUAUGAACUGGCCAGUGUGAGAUAAGCCACAUAUAAUCAGUCACAAACAUGAACUAGUUUGCUGUCACACCUGCAUUCGCAAUCUGAUUAGAUGGGAUAAAUCAGCUGUACCCCUAUUCUAGGCUUAAAACAUAAUUCACAGCAAUAAAUGUGCGUAAUUUAAUGUCUUCUGUGGGGUUAAACUUGAGUUCCUUUGUAGAAGACUGUCAGGAAAGCACAACAUAACUUUCUGUUAUAUUUUUCACACAUAAAAUCCUACAGGUACACCUAACCUAUUGAAAAAUAAUCUCUUUUAAAUCCAAACAUCAUUUUGCAACUGUGAUAUUUUUUCAGGCCUUUUUCUUUAGUUUGAUCAAACAGUUUAGAGAGAGAGGAUCUGUGUAAAGAGAGUAAGAGAUGAUCUGCACCACAUCAGAGCUAAACCAGUGCCCCAGGUUCCAGAUUGUUUUUAUCUAUGUGAUGAUUUGACUUUGAAUUUGCAGAUUUCCUUUAAAACAAACCUUUCACUCUUUGGUCAAUUAGUAACAGCUGAAAUGUGUUUGACAGUUGUGUUUUAUGGUGAUGUUUGUGUUCCUUCUGUCACAGCAGGUGUUCCCUAAAGAUGAUGUCUUUACCGCUGUCUGAUAAGCCAUGAUCGGCUUGUCCAGUAAUGUGGGGGUUAUGGAAAGUCUAAAAAAUUCUGCUGAAGAGCAGCAACCCUCUUCUCCCCUCAACUCCUGGUCCAAAAACCAGGACUCAUGCAGGAAUCACAAGCAGAAACUAGCUGGUGGAUUUGUUUUGGUGCAUGCAGGUAAGAGGGUGGACCAUAAUGUAUUUAAAGAGCUGAGAGCUUAUUGAGAAGACAUAUAAAGCAGCACAUUGUAAUAAUAAGAGUUAAAUUACAUAUUCACAUUCUCAUAUCUGUUUUUAUUAGAAAGUAUGUCUUCGCCUCUUGCAUUUUUAUCCAUUACUUUAUUACCUCUUGUACUCGGUUAUGUGUAUCUCAGUAUCUUAGUGUCAUAACAUUAACAAACACUGGAUCUAUAAUGACUCUUAGCAUUAAGUUAUGUUUAAGUUUUCUUCUUUGAGGUAAACUAUCAUCACAUGUUGAACUUGUUUCUUUUUACCUUCAGGAGCAGGUUACCAUUCUGAAUCGAAGGCUAAGGAGUACAAGCAUGUGUGCAAAAGAGCCUGCCAGCGGGUAAGUUUAGUUUACUAAUAGAACUAACUGUAGUUACUGAGGUCUAAUCUGUUAUUUUUUACAUGAGUAGUUUAACGUAAGUCAAAAGAUAGAAUAGACUGUCUUUGCGUGACAACUAAACUGAUAUAAUGAGGUGGAGAAGCUUAUACAGGUCACCUUAUCUUAUUUUACUCAAACAUGUGAUGCACAUGUUCCAUCAGUGCUGUUUAGAAAGUGCACGUUUGUAAUCCUGUAAUCUCACCCUGCAUAUGAGGACUUGAAACUCUGAACUUUUGAGAAAUAGUCUGUCUGAACUUUCAGGGAAGGAUAAUGUUCUUCUUUGGGGUCCUCCUCAGGUUGGAUGGGGAGCAUCUGUGAACAGCUGUCAUUGCACAUAUUUACAGCAGGGUUCCAAUCUGUGUUUUGGCAGAAAGACUCGAGCACUUUGUUGUACUCGGUCUGAAGUCCUUCCAGUUUUCCUUUGGCUGUAUUAACAUCAUUUUGCUGUUGGCGGGGACGUCUUUGUUCUUUGGCUCUCUGAAGCAGGUUCUUCAUGGGAAUGUCCUUGUAUUUAGUUUCAUUCAUUGUUCCUUUUAUUCUUACAAGUUUCUUACAUCCUUACAGCUGAAAAACAGGCUUUUGCUGCUGCCAUGACCCCCGCUGCAGGAAUGGUGUUAAAUGGUUUCCGCUCAAUGUUCAGCUUUGUUUUAGGGCCAGUCAGUCUCUGAGUUUCAUGCCUUUUUUUACAGCCUCAUGGCGCGCUGUCGUUGUCUUUUUUCACAUAUACUCAGAUAUGGCAGAUUUAAUAUCUGAAUUGGACACUCAAUGCAUGUUUUUGAACAUCUUUGUCCAUCAUUGGAACUUGCACUGUGGUUUAAAUCCUAAAUAACUCUACUAAGGAGUCUGUUAUAUAUCUUAUUUGUUUUUUCCUUUAUCGGUAGGUUUAUAGACCUGUUCGUAAACGCAUUUGCAAACACAAAACCAAAUAUUUCUUAUAUCUAAUCAGUAUGUUGUUGGGUUCCUGUCGUCACUGGGUUUAUUGUACAAACCCUGCCCUGAGUAAUGGAUGUAUUUGGUGUUAUAACUCGAGAGCUGCCACCUGCAUAAAGAUGUCCAUGUGUUUUUAUCUCCAGGCUGUGGACCGGCUCAAAGCUGGGGCACUGGCAGUGGAAGCUGUGGCUGCUGCACUGGUUGAACUGGAGGUUGGUUGAUUGUGAUCCGGCUUCGAUUAUGUAAAGCCCGUCUUGAUGAAUAACACAUUUAUAUCAUACAUAAGGAAAAUACAUGAGAAAAUGAUUACAAGCCUUGAUUGGACAUGAAAGAAAGUUCGAGAAAGUGGGUUUUACAUGUGUGUGUGUGUGCUGAUCGGAAACAGCUUCUUCACACUCUAUUAUUUAUGCACAUGCAUCCUGUUGGAUGACAUAACGGAGGAUUUUCUUUAAGGCUACUUUGGAAAGAAAAAAGAUAUUAACUUCUGAUUUCUCUGCAGGAACAAAGUUUUCAGAAGUGUGCAAAGUAGCAAGCACUUGAAUUGUUUAAGCAAGAUCAAAAUAUCUGCAUGCAAGUCUCAGUUUUUAUUAUAAAUACUCAUUUUUUUCAAGUUUUUUUGAGGGCAUUUCAGCUGAAGAGGUAUAAGAAAAGUGGGGAGUAGAGAGAGGGGAUAUAACCUUGAUGCAUGGGGUGCUAGGCCUUUGUUUGUAAAACUGCUUCGAUGAAAAAUGCUGUAAUUUGGUUAAUGGAAGUGAAACUGGCCAAGUAUGAGAAAAAUUGUACUGAAGAUAAAAGAAACAGAGAGAAAAUAUAAAAAAAUUAAGAUCCUCUAAGUUCUCACAACUACUAAAAAGACCAAAUGAAAGCACAUGAAAAAAUCUAAUUUAGGAUAGAUGGGCAAAGAUGGGCACACGUCUGCUUUGGUGAGGAAAUGGGAUCAAAUUAAAGCAGUUUUAGAAGUUUAUAUGAAUCCUUCUUCCAGAACACAUCUACACUGUGUAAAAGAUUGAUUUCCUGAAUGAAGAUUUUAAGAGAGGCUUGGACGGAGCAAAAAUAAAACAAGUAUCAUGAUUAGAUAGUGCGGAGGACAAACAGAGCUUCAGUUUAUCAGUCUCUUCCCGGCAUAUGAAGUGGGUGACAACAACAGGAUGUGGUUCUGAUCGUUAUCCUGUCACUGAGGGUGCUGCAGUUUCUAGUGCAUGAAGUUUUCAUCAUCUUUCUUUUUGUCUUAUUAUCUGUAAACUUAUUUCAAACAGUUUCAAUUCUUUUGUAUAAAGUUGUUUCAAAGUAUUAAAAGGACAAACAGUUUCAGCAGGAAUCUUUUCAGAAAGUUUGACUCGACAUUUAGACUCUGGUGUUCAAAUGUCCCCAGUUUGGAAAAGUCCUUUCUAUUUAAAUGAAACUACAAGAUACUUUUUCUCUAAAAUAUACACUUUGACAAUCCAUCUGAUUACAAAUAAAGUUUAACUCCAGACUCCGCAUGUCUUUGAUUGUUCUCAGGACUCUCCUUUUACAAACGCGGGCAUGGGCUCCAACCUGAACUUGUCAGGAGAAAUCGAAUGUGACGCGAGUAUCAUGGAUGGGAAGACACUGCAUUAUGGUGCUGUAGGAGCUAUAAGUGGUGAGUAACCACACGUGUUGAUAUUUACGUAACUCUUCUGAGUUGUUGUGGCACCAAUGUUUAGCCCAGUCUGUGUCCUUUGUGUGUUUCACUGAAUUCCUCUCUACCAUCUCAGAGCUUCGUUUGAGAUUACUACAGGUAUUUGGCAUCAUAAAUCUUAACAAUGAGGGACCACCUAUGUUUUUUUUCCUGGAGUUUAACCAAGACGUGCUGUUGAUAUGUACUUUACACGUUACUGUAAUCUCUGAGGUUUCUGUAAAGACUGUAAGAAAGAAACGUUUUUCCACUUCAGACGACCAAAGGGGGGAAAACUGGCACCUGACAGUUGGUCUAAAAGACAACAGAUUGUUUUUAUUACUGUGGCUGCAUUAUGUAACAGCCAGACACAUGAUUCUCACAUGACAGAUGGAGAGGUGCUGGCUUUGAUAUGGAAGCAAACCUGCCGACCUAAAAAAAUGACUAAGGUGUGUUUAAAAUUAAAAAAGCUUGGUGCUUAACUACAGCGAAAUCUGGAUAAUAAGACACACACUGGUACAUAAGAUGCAGUUCAGUUUGUUUUUUUGGGGUGUCCUCCUUGGGGAAAAAUGUAGGGCUGGGUGAUAAACCGAAAAUUUACUGAUACUAAAAUUUACCAACAUCAUUUUGCCCAUAUUGGUAUAUUCAGUGUCAAAAAAUAAAGCUGGUUUUGGAUGUGUGUAGGUAGGCUAUGGUCUCAUGUCCCUUUAAGACGCUGUCCAAUAUAUCAGUGUUUCUCUCUCUCUCUCAAAGUUGUCUGAAAUUGUCUUUUGAUCAGAGCAUUAUUUGUUUUAAACUCAGCACCUUGACUUUUAAAUACAUGAGAGCGAUGCAGUUGAACUGACCCGCCUCACUGUGUAUCCAACAAACAUUGAUCACUGAAGCAGUCCCUCGCUUCAUUCAGGGCCAGAUGGUUUGUUUGUGUUUAGAAUAAAAAACGGUUGAAUGUGUUUGAUUCAGGCAAUUUGAUGGUCAGUAUGAAAGUUUAACAUUCGUCGCUGCAGGUGAAGAAAACCUUCAAAGCAAAAUAUCCUUUCAUGCGUAUUCAAAUUCAUAAAAACACAAAGACAUGAGCUUAGAAACAAAACUGUAUUCAGUUACAAUGAACUUCGACAUUCAUGUUCAGUUAAACACAGUGUAAGUGUUUAGAUUUGUCUUUAUUGUUCUCACAUCAUGCGAUUAAUAACUCUGACUCUCCCUCAGGCAUUAAGAAUCCAGUCUUAGUUGCAAACCGUCUACUGAAUGAAGCACAGAAAGGGAAACUCUCAGCCGGCAGAAUACCACCCUGGUGAUUAUCAGCAUCAUUAAUUAGUGCGUUAUCAUUCUGACCUUGUGCACUUUUAUGGAUAUCUCUUCUUUUAACCGUCGGUCAGCUUUUUAGUGGGGCGAGGAGCACACGAUUGGGCGGUCAGCCACGGGAUACCGCAGUGCCCGUCAGAGAAAAUGGCCACCAGUGAGUUUGAAGCUGAUUUAACGUGCUGUAGAAUAAAAGGCACUAAUGAAUCUAACAUCAUAUUACUGAGGAUAUAUAUUUAUAUAUUUUUAACACUCACAGAGUUCAGCUUGUCUGCCUACAAGAGGAACAAGAGAAAGAUGGAGCUGGCUGAGAAAAUGGACCAAGGACACAAUCAGACGAAGAAGAGACGACAAUCAUGUGAAAACGUGAGUCAAACUUCGAACUCUAAUUUGGAUCACCUGCUCAUUAUACAUCGGCACAGAACCAUCAGAUGAACAUUUCUAUACCAGGCUGCACUGAAACAGUUUUGGUGUUUCCUCGCUCUUAGCAGCUCAAGUUGAGAACCUGAUGGUCUGAAACCAGCUGAGAGCUCGGCUGAGUCACCAAAGGGCGGCACAGGAGAGGGUGGGAAAGUUUAUCUUGGUUGGACUUUUGGCAAAUUUGAUGGAGUGAAACAUGUAAAUGCAGCCAGAACAGCUUGACUGGAUGUGUUUUCAUUCAGUGUUAUUAUUGAGUUUGGUUUAAUUAAUCCUCAAUAUUAAUGACACGUCCUUAAAAAUAAUAGAAUAACAACCAAGAUGGAUUGGUUGUUGACCCAAUCAGUGAUUUAUGGUGAAGUAAUGGGCUGAUUUCUGCCUGUCACAGGGCCAGUUGUACAAACUUCGAGUGUUAUAUUUAUCCUCUCUGUGUUUGCAUAAACUUCUAGAUGUACUACAGAUUAAUUCAGGGUCCCUCAGCUACAGUUUUAGGGUAUUUUAACUUUAACUUUACUUCAUCUUGAGCGUUUUGAGUCAGAAUGUUUGCUGUUUCUGUUUCAAGCGUGUCCGUAAGAGACUCGAGGAUCGGACAAGAGCUCAGUUUUUGCUCUCAGCCUGCUUUUAAUUUCAAACAUGGUGAUCUUUUUAUGUCUCUGUAUUUCUGCCAAGCCAUUAAGUCUUUCCAUUCAUUUUUGAAGACACUACAGGCACCUGUUUCGUGAUGGUGUAAACCUGCUGCGUUGAUUAGGAAAAUCUGAAGCAUUAAAACACAUUUCCUAAGACGCCUAAAGUGGUGAAGUCCUUAUCUCCUCUUUUUUAUUCACUGAAGCUCGCUGAUAAGAAACGACAAGAUGGUCUUUGUAGCAUUUGUAAAAUCUGGCUCUUGUUGUUUUGGCUUUAAAGCCCGGAGAUAUGGCUGAUUUAAGAGAGUACCAGACAGAUGAGAAACACUGUUGUGCUUUUUUCACUCUGUUAUUUUAGUGAAGAUCCUCAGUUUUUUGGUGGGAGAGGAGCUCAGAUCGGGUAUCAUGAGGCCAUUUUGCACAUUUCGCCUGUAGAACUCUAUUUAUCACGAGCGCUGAGUCAUGGUGGUUCACAAACAAGUCUUUCCUAAAGCAAACUGCAAUCAGGGAAGAAAGAGAGCUGAUUGAAAUCACAACAACACAUCUCUGAUGAAAUAUGAAGGCUGAGGGAGAGUGAUUCAUAAAUGUAUAAGCUCAUGUCGAACAGUCUUCACUUCAGGAUGUGAAUGUUUGGAUUUUUCCUCCCGUGUUUGAACAAAAAUUUUCACUCACCAACAUCAUCGUCUUUUCCAAGUGUCCGUUUGUCAGUUUGUGUUUUUCUCUGAUGUGACUCGUCUCCUCCUCCUCCUCUCCGGGCUGCAGGAAAACGGUCCAGGCUGCCUCGACACAGUGGGAGCUGUUGUUGUGGACCUGGAGGGGAAUGUAGCUGCAGCAGUCUCCAGUGGAGGCCUCGCUAUGAAACACCCCGGCAGGGUCGGGCAGGUAAUCCAGCCGCCUUCUAUCUCUGCCCGUGUCCUCACCCACACAGCAGGGUCUGUGAUCACAGUUUUUCCAGGUGGACCCAGGCUUUUAUAUGAGGUGGUCAAUCUGACAUGUUUAAUGCUUUUGGGGGCACUUUUCGAGAAAUAAGACGGUGGAUAGAGAGGGGAAUUGGGAAGGGAGACAGUAAAAGGUUUAGAGGUCGGGCUCAAUUCCAGGCUGCUUGUUUCAAAGCUUAUGAUCAAAGGCUCUGAGGUUAGGUAAGGAUAUGAAAGUAUAAUUUCAUGCAAGAGGGAUAUAAAUAAGUAGGAAACAAGGAAAUAUCUCUAAUUCAAUUACAAUUACAAUGUCAUUAAGCAGACACUUUUAUCCAAAGCGACGCACAUAUGCGAUAUACGCCAGUGGAGGACACACACUGGGAGCAAGGUGGGAUAAGAGUCUUGCCCAAGGACACAACAGACAGACUAGGGGUAGGGGGGAAUCGAACUGCCAACCUUCCAAUCGUUUGACGACCACUCUACCUCCUAAGCGACUGCUGCCCUGUUUCGGUUUUUCAGUUUAAAACAAAAACAAGGAAACAGAAGUAAAGUUUUUUUUUUUCCUCUUUUGUUAAUUUUUUGUCCCAUUUUAUAAUUUUUGUUGUAAAAUGAAAAAUGAGAAAAAUCAACUUUUAAAAAAUUGUCUUUUUUCUUUUAUUUCUUUAUAUUUUAUCCCUAGACAUUAAAUAAGGAUGAGGGAUGAUCAGGUGACAACCAAGUCCAAGUGAAAACUUCAAAAUAAAAGCCAGGGAACAGAAGGAACCAUCAACAGACAGGCUUGUUUUUCUAGAGUGAUGUGGUUUAGUGUAUGUUUAGGUUUUACUGUAACACAUACAAUCCCAGCUGAUGGAGCAUAUCUAAAGUCAUCAGCAGAGGUCUCCACUCUCCAGGGUUAAAUGUUGACCGACAAUAAUCAUGUAAGUUGAGAGGCAGGCCAGAGCGAGGAAAGGAGGAUGUGUCAUACAGGACAACACAGCAGGUGGUCCGGUGAUCAUUCAGGUGCUGGAGCCAAAAUCAUGAUCCUGUCGCUCUGACCUACCAGAGUCCUUGUAAAUCAUGCUAACUGAUAAUGCCUUCAGUAGAAAAACAAAACAUACGAGUCCAUGACUGUUACGAGAGGCUGCAGGGUAAAACAGUAAAAGAUGAAAACUUUUCUCCAUGGGGUUCAACUUGAAAUUCGUCUAAACAAAACCAUAUGUUGUUGUUAUUAUUGCACACACUGAUCUGAUUGUACGUUUUUUUAAUGUUUAUAGUGUUUUAAACUCUCUGUGAUUUCUGUUUUCAUUUGUGGGAGCCAAACAAAGGACAGGGGGUUGUAAAUGACCCGUGGUUAGAAACCUGUAUGCAUCUACUUUGGCAACUGCAAGAAGCUAUUAGCUGCAAAAACAGCUUGAAACCACGAGUCAGUCAGUGAUCAGCCAGUUACGUGAAUGAAUGAGUAACUUUUCCCUCACGCUGUAACUGUCACAAACCUUCAGCUCACAGCAGAAGAGUUUUAUGUUUGGUAUGUUUUUCUUGGGAGUUUAAUGAUUUACAAAUGUAGCACAAAUCCAUGUAUCAAGACUGUAAUUUUUCUUUGAUGCUCGACUCGAACUUGUGGGAGGAUUGAUGGUCUUUUUGCUCUUAUUCCCAAACAUGAAUAUUUUAACAAGCAAAAUUUCUUGCAUCUUAAACAGCCUGUUUUUCUUGCUUUUCCCAGGCUGCUCAUUAUGGAUGUGGCUGCUGGGCUGAAAACGCCUGUAAUAUGAACCCUUACUCUACAGCAGUGAGUACCUCAGGUAUACGCAGCACUCUCUCUCUCUCUCUUUCUCUGCAUGUGUGUGUGUGAUGGUCCUCUGAGCGCUCAUGUUUACCACCAGCCUGCCUUUUGUUUGGGCGACGAUAUGAAUCAGAAACAGAGAUUUGAUGCAAGUCUUUUAUUUAGCCUCGGUGAGUCAGGCUUCAAAAAGCUUGAAAAAUACUUUCCGAUGACCUCCAACCAUUCCCGCUGAGUGAUUCUCAUCAGUCACUUCCUCGGCUGAUUGAGUCAUCAUUCCCCGCUCUUUGUUAGUCAGCUGCACGCCAGGUGCAUCGCAAAGCUCUGCAGCUUUUCAGCGACAUCUGACAUGGGACACCUGCUGUAGAUAUGAUAGAAGAGCGAGAGCUGUGGGAGUGCAGUGGAAAGAUGGUGGAAUUGGCAAACUUCAUGUGCAGAUAUUUACCCUCAGAAGAAAACUUGUGUUUUUGUGUUAGUUGGUAUUUAAAGCAAUCAUGCUUAUGACACAAAAUCACAUUUGCUUCACAAAUCCCUCAUUUUAAAGUAUUUAUUUCAUCUUAAGAUUUGAAACUGGACAUGCAACUUUAAAAUGAAACUGACUUCACUGCAAAGAAGACUUAUGCUGCCACAGUGAGAUACCCAUCCUUCCCUCCUGCUCAGAGCAGUCAUGCUAAUAACACCCAUUAAAAGAAAUUCAUCCUUUAACAGUCUGGUGUUAACUUUGAGUGUUAUUCAAUCUUAAAAUAGGUUAGAUAUUAUCUUCUGCAGCACUUUUACUAACUUUGAAUUGUUGCCAUAUAAUGAUAGGAAGGUUCAGCUGCUGUAGUCGUGCAGAUCUUUCGCUCCUCUUCAGUUCGUCGACAGCCUCUCUGUCAUUUCUCUGACCUUCCUGCCCCCCCCACCUCAGACACUUUGUACCACAGUAAUGAGUUAUAGUCGUCACCUGUCACGCUCUCCUCGUCCUCCUGCAGCGUGAGCCUCAGGAGGAGGAGGAGGAGGAGCUGAAGAAAGGAAGAGGGUUGUUGUUGUUGUUUCCUUUCAUGCAGAAACAGAGAGGUAAACCUCUCCGCCAGGCUUUACAGACGGAUUUCCACUUAAAGAGAUUUCACAGUUUCUGAAAUCUCCUCAAUAAUUUAUAACAGGAUGUAUGAGCAAUCCGAGUUCGUAGAGCAGAGCUGUAAUGGCUGCAUUAAAUUAUACAUUUUAACAACCCAAAGUAUAAACUCCUACAUUCAUGUCUUCUGUCCUGACCUUAAAAACGUUGGAAUAAAGCUUCAGCAGACAACAGUGCAAAUUUAAGAGGUAGUUUUUAACUCCUAAACUCUGCCUUUGGGAUGUUUGAGAUUUAUGGAGAACAUCAAAAUACAUCCAGGGGAUUUUUUUUAAUAUAAUUGUUUAAGGAUUUAGGAUUAGCAAAAACACGUAUGUUUGAUGAUGAAGUACUGCUUUAAAAAUAGUCUCUACAGUCAGAGCUUUGCCAGGUAAAAUAGGGAAAUGGCUGCAAAUAAGAUUUAAUGUUUAUCCCAGCCUCUGAAUUAAAGUUGUCAUAAUAUUCCUGUAUUGACAGUAACCAUCGAGCAGCUUUAAGAGAAGUGAUUCGAUGUCUUUAAAAACUGAUGUUCAAGAACAUCACACCGGUCCUGUGAUCAAAACUAAUGAUCGUUUGACAUGCUUUUAUUUAGGUAUUUUUUCUAUAUCACAUUUAAGUUGCUUUAUAUUCUACUCUAUAAACUGUGCUUUUCUUUGAAGUGAGACACUUCUGGUCUAUUUUCAAGAGCGGAAUAAAAACAGUUAGAAAAUAUACAAAACUAGCUGAAUAGUAAAAAAGAGGAUUAGGGCCACAUGAAGAGAAAAAAAUAAUUAUAGAGGGGAGAUUUUUUUUAUAUUUUAAGUUUCGACUAUAUUCAUGUCAACUUUAAUCUCGAAAUUUCAGUUUUUAACCUCGAAACUUUGACUUUAAUCCCUGUCCUGUAAUUAUUAUUUUUUUCUCUUCGUGUGGCCCUGAUCCUCUUUUGUACUACUCAGUUAGUUUUGUAUAUUUUCUGACUGUUUCCAGAAGUGGUUCAUUUCAAAAUAAAAGCGUAGUUUACAGAGCAGAAUAUAGAGCAACUUAAAUGAGAUACAAAAAAAAUAUCAAAAUAAAAGCAUGUCAAACAAUCAUUAGUUUUUGUUGCAGCGCUGGUGAUAAAUCAUGAAUCUGAUUAUUAUUAGAAACAGAUGAUGACAUAUAAGGUUAUGUUGUCUGUUGAUAAAGUUUAUUGCUCCUAUUGUUUCCUACAAUUCAUUUUUAAGUUUUACAUAAAUAUGACCAUCACAUUGUUUUUAUGAUAAAAGCCAAACGAUUUUUCAGUUUAGAUUUUAACUCAAUCAAAUUUCUUUCACUAUAAGUUAAUCAGGAUGUUAGAAGAUGCAUCAUAGACAAAAGCAGGAACUUGACACAUCAUGAGACGCCCAGGAGGGAGGAGUACGUGUCCCAAAGCUUUGCCUAUCAAGAGUUUACUCCAGCGUCCCUUUCAGGACUUAUAUCUGCCGUCUCAAUUAGAGCCUCUUUCUUCUCGUACACAUUUAAACGACAUUGUUUCCAAAACUGACGGUGCGUGCCUCCCGUCGCUGAAAGCAGCAUCGCCGGUUGGAGCUGUAUGGUUUGAAUGCACGGCUAUAUUAGGCCACUUCUUUAUGAUGUGCAGACGUCUGCGACAUAGCUUCUGGGGAACAUUAAGACCUUUUGAUGUGGAUCUGUAGCCUAAUGCAUUUCAGUGCAGAGGAACUGAUUUGACCAGACAGGCCGAAGCUUGACUCACAUGUACUUGGGACAGACGGCGUUUUGCUCUGCUAAAGCUUGUCUGAAUUUAUCAUCACCAGCAGUCAGGGAGACAGCGAGCGGAGUGCAUCAGGAGUGACACUCAUCCUGACCCGAUUAUUGUGAAGAAACUUCUCUUACAGCUACUCUAGUGUCUCUAUCUCUAGGUUUUGAAAGGAUCCAGAUUCGAGGAGAUUUGAAACAAGCCGUUAAACCAAGUGAUAAUCUCCCGCUCAUCAUUUAUCCCAGCAGAUGAGGUGUAGAUUUUUGCUCAGCAUGAAUUUUCACCUCAUCCUGUUUUCCCAUACUGCGGUUCCUCCUUUGAUGUUACAGAAAAAAAAAGCUUCCCUUAUGGAGAGCAUAAUGUGUGUUCCAGUGCAGCACCUGUUUUUAAUUUCCCAACAUGAAAGGCAUUCCCAUCAAAAGACACAGAAAAACAGUCAUUUUCACUCGGACAUGAGGAGCAUGAUCCUCACUCUUCAUGUCACUCCUCUCUGUAAUGUGCAGCUCAUGUUAGUCGUAGUUUUUUUUACGCAUCGUCUCCUCCGUCCAGCCUUCACUUUGCUGGAUCCCAUGUCUGCGUUUCUUGGCCUCUCUCUCCUCUCCUGUUAAGUUCUCGCUCUCUCUCUCUCUCUCAGUCUGGGCUCCUCGCUGCAGUUUCCGUUAAAGUGUGUUUGCGUUGCCAUGUUCGGUUCCCUGGGACAGAGCGGGUUUACGGUAACACGUUACAAAAGGCAGAGUACCUGGCCAAUCUGACAUUCUGCUCUCGUUAAAUAAGAACUUCCCGUGGCUGCAGGCGGCUGGUCUCCACAGUUACAGACCUGAAUCCAGUCUUGUUGUAGUUACCUGAUGUUUUAUUGGGCCCUCAUUUGUGUUUACAGAAACAACAAGGUCAUAUUCUUCAGUCUUUAUGGGUUUUCACAGGAGCUUUUGCCAGACAUUCUUUUGUUUUUUCUUUCUCCUGAGUUUGUGCAGACUUCACUUUAGAAAAAGAUUCAUAGCAGGCGUGCACACCGAACUUCACAUCCCUCUUUCUUUAAAGCAAGAAGAGCGUAUUUGAUUUUGAUUAAGUAGCAAAUGUUCUCACAUAUAUAUUUAACUGAACACCUACUAUAAUUUGUCCUGAAGGUACUUGAGUUUGAGGUGAGAUAUCUGCACAGGCUGCCCGUGCUUUUUUUGUUUAACUUUACUGCCAAAUGAAAUGCUUUGUGUUCCGGAUGCGAGAUAUCAUCAGAGUAAUAUUUCUGGCAGCUAAAAACCUUAAAAACAGUUAAUUUUGUCAGCAGAUAGGAACAUUUCUGUUAUGUGUGCCAACAUGUUGGCUCCUCACUUCCGAUGGGAUCCAAAGAAUCCAAAAUUUACACAAAGUAAAUCUGACAGGUCGACAAAACUACAGAAGUACGAAAAUGAAUCAAACUUUUCGUGCUGAAAUGAUCAUGUAAGGAUUCAGAUGAUCAGGCUUUGGCACAUAUUUAGAUUUUUUACAAAAAUUUUAUGACGCUUGAUUUUUCCAUGCACUGAUCAAACAUGGUUGAUUUUAUUUUGGGUUUACCACUACAGCCGCUUAUGUCAACCUGCAACUGUUUAAUGUCUUCUUAACUCUCAACUAUUAGUCAGCGGUCUAAUAAAAAUAGUUUCAUCUUGUUUACUGUCCGCACUUGCACAAACAGCUCUUGUGGCGUGUGGUCAUUCCACCUAACUGAGAAUUAAAGUAUAUCUAUUAUAAUAUACAAAUGAUGAGGAAUUCACAUAAAACCGGAGCAGAAAAGUCUAAUAGGGACAUUUUAAAAGUGUGGGCACACAGGCAGAGAGCGCAGAGAGGUUUACAGAGGUGGUAUUAAUUCUGGGUGGUUUCUGUUUCAAAUUCCAGGACCAGCUGUGAAUCUGGGCAGAGAAAUCUGAACGAACGAGGAGGAACACAAACCCUCCUUCUCCUUCAGCAAUUACUGUCAGUGUGCCCUUGAGCAGGGCAGCUGCACUUGGCAGCAAAGAGUUGAUUUCAUCCUCACCUGGAAAAAUAAAGCUUAAUGUUGCUGAAAUGACUGCAGUAGCGCUAAAUCUUUUAUAUGAACUGAAAAAGUAAACUUCUUAAUUUUGUCGUCUUUACCACCACAUGAGUCUAUAACAGGAUUGGUUGGAAAAAUGUGAUUGUUUUAGCAAGUGAAGAAGUGUAAGCAUCACUAAUGGUGUGAGGAAGUCAGCUGGGGUUAGUGUGAUAAACCGGGUCAACGGAGGUGUGCCACAAGGCUCAGUUUUAGGCACAAUGCUUUUCAUUAUUUACUGUACAUCAACGACACGGUUUUCUAUCUAAAUGGUUGUUAUGCCAAUCUUUAAGCAGAGGAAGCUUUUUUAAAUUGUACUGCAGAUUCUAUUCAACAAGCCAUGAAUAACCUAAAAAAACAAGAAUUUUUCAUUAAUUUUAAUCCUCCGGGUCAAGUCAAAUGGAAUUCAUGAUUUCGAGGGUCAGGAACAUUAAUUAUGAAAACAUUCCUUCAUUCAAUGACUUAAAGUUUCCAGAUUUAUCAACUUCAGAUUGAGACUUAAUGAGGAAUUAACACUUUGACAUCAUGUGAACUCUCUCGCCCCCAAGUUUUGGCAGAAAGUUUACGUCUCAAAUAGGAAAAAAAAUCCAGUUUUUAUUUGUAUUAUUUUGGAGGAAGAGCAAAAUUCAAGAUUAAAGAUUAAAGACUGGUUUAUUUGUCAUAUGUAAGGUAAACAUUGUCAACAAUGCAAUGGAAUGCCCUGAAUUCAAAGAACCGCUCGACCCAAAGAAGUACAAAUAACACGUAAUAAAGUCCCAAGAAGAAUAUAAUAAAAUAAAAAUACAAAAAUAUAAAAUGUAUAAAAGAAAUAUUUACAAAAUGCACAAGCAAUGCAGGAGCUGCUGUCAGGGUGUGAAUGUAUGCAAUAGGGGGGUAAGUCAGUGGGAAAAAUGAGGUACGAACAGAUAAUAUUGCACAGUUAUACAGCACUCAGUGGAAAAAUCAGAAAAGCUGGACAACAGGACAAGACCAAGAACUGAUACUGGAUUUCCAAGAUCUUCAGGCCCUCAGAAGGCACUGCAUUAAAACCAGGCAUGACUCUGUAGAGGAAAUCACGAACAGGAUCCAGAUAUCCUCAUGGUUGACUGAGUUUAUUCAGUCUAAAAUCUGAUUUUCACAAAUGUGCUCUGGAUUUUUGGAUGUGUGUGCUCAGUGUGUGUUACGUUGAACUCACUUGAUACUCUCUGCCCUUUCUUUCUAGCAAAGAAACUCAAGUUCACACGGUUUUGUGUUGUGUUGUGUUUGUGUGUCCUUCCUCAGGCUGUGGAGAGCAUCUGAUUCGCACUAUGCUGGCGCGGGAGUGCUCCGCUGCCAUGCAGUCUGAGGAUGCCCACCAAGCACUGCUGGAGGCUAUGCAAAACAAGUUCAUCAGUGAGUCAUCCGCAUGCUGCUAUUCCCACUCAUUUCCAUACACACGAGCCUGUCAGCCAAGAACGUGUUUGCAGGAAACACAAUUAUGCAGGAAUAGAAUUAAACUGACAAACAGAUGUUGCGUAACGUGAGGAAUGAGCUAACAACCUGGAAAACUUGGAAAUAAUAGAAUCAGAUGAGACAGCUUUUGAUUUAUGGAUCAUUUUCAUUGUCUAAACAAAUGCUUCACACAUCCCAGCUGACAGCCACAGACCGUUUGAGAGGACAUAAUUGCUCUGUUGAAGGUUCAUGUGAAGAUGUCAUUUUUUAGCCGUGUUCUCAGAAGUGGUCAGUUUGAGAAAGUCUUGUUAAGUGUGUUUGCUGCGUCUGUGAAUGACCGCUGGGAGAGCUGAGAGAAGACAGAGCAGAGGAAGAAUGAGCGUGUGGAAACAUGUGGUGGUUUUCUGCUGCCUUGUUUUGGCCUCCUUUAGAAGUCCGUCCCAGCUUGGCUUUGUCAUGGACAUCUGCAGCACCGAGACGUUUGGACGGUCUGGAUGAAGUCAGUUUGAAGUUAAUUCUUCUGUUGUUUCCUCUGUAGAUGCACAUUAAGUUUAACAAAGCCCCAUAAAUCCUGCCCGAGAAAGAGGAAUGAUGAACAUGUGAGAGAGAGACGUGGAAGCCCCUCACUCAACCUCAGUGUUUUAGAUUUGUCACGUUCUGUAAACAGAAUAUUACAAUUACUACUCCACCAGGAAGUUUAGAUGUACUCUCACGCUCAUUCAAGGAUGAUUUAUCUCAAUCUUACCUGUUGGAUUAGAGCCAAUCGGGGCAUUUUUUACUGGUUAAGGAUCAGCAUCUGGGGCCGAUCAUCUUUACAUCAGUAUAUGAUGGACUAUGUAUGGAAUAUAUGCAAGAAGUGCUUUCAUAGUUCAUGCAAUCAAUAACCAAUAUUUGGAACCAACAUGUAUAAACAGUAAAAUCGAUAAACUGUCACUCAAACACAAAUUGUAUGACUUUGGGAAGAGAGUUCAGCUUUUUGCCAUCUUUUGGAGCUUCUGCCGUCCACACUCUGCAUUUCACUGCAGACAUCUCCAUGCCAAAGCUGUAUAAUGUCUGCAGACACUGCAGGCAGUCCAAGUUAACGCCCCCCUACAUGGUAACAGAGCUUUCCCAUCCUUAAUGAUAGCACAUCAAUUCAAAAACAGACACUGACUAGUGUGUCAUAUGAACUGUGCGAUGAUGUACAGAAUAAUGCAGGUUGUGUUUCUCCUGACAUAAACUACAGUAAUGAUGUUUCACUGUAGUUUCAUUAGGGCUGGGCGAUAUGUCCUCAAAUCAAUAUCACGAAAUAUUGAGCAGAAGCUGAUCCGGACUCUGACUGUAAAGAGACACCUGCAAAUAUUUUAUUUUAAAGCAUUAUUGAACGACCUGGAGGCAGACACACCUGGAUGUAGAUGUUCUGUUUUAAUGAACUUACUGACUUUCUCUGUUAUGACACAUUUUACUGAGUUGUAGAAACAUGAUGUUAAAAAAGAGAUUUUUAAUCCUUUUGUUUCUCCCAUUUCGAUAAAAGUUAAAUAAAAAUAAAAAAUCCACAUUCAGAAAAGUUUUAAUCCCAGUUCUUAAUCUGUUUUAUACUGUAACAAACUAAGAGUGGGCAUCAGGGUUAUUAUGGAGUGUUGUGGGAAAUCAUGAGCUUUCCGAAAACGAAGAACAAAUCGGAGAACUUUGUGUGAAUGCUGUCCAAGCUGCACUCCCAAAGUGUUUUAUGGAGUGACGGAAGCAUUACAACAUGGAAGUCCAGUCCAACAAAGAGACUGUGGCAUGCAGACACAACUGUAUUUCCAUCAAUAGCAGCGAUGUUUAAUGAUGCUGAGACAGUUCAAAACAUGCUGGAGCUGUUUAUGGUUAGACUUUUUCCCUUUCAGCACACCGCAUUAAUCAGUCCAACUUUUUCUGUACACAACACCUCGUUCAACACUGCCGCCUCGGAGUAGGAAAGGUCCUCACACAACUCAGUCUUGUUUCAUUCAUUUGUAACUUGGCCUUUAAGGUUGAGUUUUGUCAUCAUGAAUUAAAAUAUGGUGUUACAGAGAUGUAUUUGGACCUAUUUUAUGCGGAAAUCUGCACAUUGAAUAGUUUGAAACGUGUUUUAUUGAAGAGAUUGUCAAAUAUCUCAAAAAUAAUAGGUCAGAGAAAUUGCUUGCAGUUGUUUAUCUUGGCUUUAUCUUUAAUAAGGGGAUGUUUAUCUUGAAGAUUAAAAGGUCUGUGUAUUGUCUCAUAUUUCUGUCUGUGUUAGUGUAGAGGUCUCAAAACAUGCAGUAUAUUAUUAGUGUAUAACUUGUUCAUGUGUUGUUUUCUCUGUUUGUCCAGGCUCACCCUUUCUAGCCAGUGAGGAUCGUGUCUUGGGUGGAGUCAUCGUCCUGCGCUGCUGCAGAUGUGUGGAAGCUCCGCCAUCUCAAAAUAUUCAGGGUAUACUGGGUGAGACACGGAUCUCUGCAGACCUGAUCCCACUCAGACCUCAACAUCACAGCCCACAGUCAGAUAUUGUAUAAUACGUCACCAUAUCGUUGGUAUUUUAAUAGUACUGUAAAAUCCAAAAUGCACCAUCAGAUGGGUUUAGAGGAGGGAGAGCAGACUCUCCUGCUUUCAUGGGGGUGGUCUGGGUUUAAACUCGAACAAUCAGUCUCUGGUUUCACACCUUUCAUCUCCGAUUCAAACCGAGACCUCCCACUCUGGAAUCAGCAGCUGAUCUUUAGAUGAGGGGAGGCCCUGAACGCUGCCCAGUCCGGCUGAUUGGAUCAGAGUCAGACCUGGAGUUUCUAAAAACGACCUUUCCUCUUUCAAACCCGUCAUCAUGGAGUUGAACUAAAUCUGAAAUCUGUCAUGAGUUCAGAGAGUGUGAUUUAUGAUGGGGUUCAGAGUUGCCCUCUGCCCUGUCUGUAAAUUUAAACAUGUCCUAUAGCGAGCGCUCUCCUCCAAAAAUAACAAAGUAAAACUACAUUUUCUCUCCCGACAUGCUGAUUUCAAAUUAAAUACAACGCCGUUUGACAAGUGAAUUACUAUUUGUAUAAUACAUUAUGCCCACUUGAAUAAUAUAAAACACUCCAAAGUAUCACUUACUCGUUGACGUAUAGGCCGUGUUUGAGGCCGUGUUUGAGGCCGUUUACGGAGCGUAGAGUGUGGACUACCUCAGAUUACUGUGGACGGCGAAGGGCUCUGUGUUGAUUUACGAGAAUAAACAGACUGUCAACCACAUCCUUUUGGGGCUGUAAUCAAGUUUCUGCUCCUGCUCGGCUCUACCUUCCUCUGCAGUUAUGUCACGACUGCGAGUCAUAUAUUUUCACGAUAAUGUGCAUGCUCAGGGUUCACCACAAUUUAGCACACUGAGUCACCUGCCAGACGUUUCCCUGUGACAGAUGGAAACACACUGGAAGGAGUGAAUGACAGCCAGGCCCAUUUAUUUAUUAUUAUAUAAGGUUUAUAUAGAUACAGUCUGUUUAUUAUCCUCUUAUUGUUCUUGUAAACUGUUUAUUUCCACAGUGGAGUUCUUAUGGAGUCACACCACAGAGAGCAUGUGUGUCGGCUACAUGUCUGCUCAAGACAGCAAAGCAAAGGUGAGUCCCUACGUUUAUUUUACAAGUGCAAUCACUUUGAAUCCCAAAUGUAAAAGAAUUAAAACUGCUGCUGUUUAAGUCAUGAUGUAACUAAAAGUUAAGACUUAAAAAAAAAAAUGUAUAUUCAAUUUUUCCCGUUCACCAUGCUGUGGUUCAGUGACUCAUUUCGCUCUACAAAAACUCCAGAUUUUUAUCUUAUCUGUCAUCCCUGAUAAGAUUAUAACACCUUUAUCACACUGAGGUCUUUGACACAGUAUUUACAUGGACAAAACCUCAUACUGACAAAAAGCACUGUAAAAUAUUUGUUUAUCACCAAUCAGUGCCAGGGACUUAAAAUUGAAUAUUAUCAGGUGUCAUUCAUCUUUCCUUUUUAAUAUUGUUUUAAAUCUGAUAGUCACCUGGUGAACGUUUUUUCUUUGGAAAACAUAGUUAAAAAUCCUCAUUGUUACUUAGAAGACAGACACUAAAAGUCUCCCAGACUACAGAGACAUCAAUCCGAGUUGUGUUACAGUCUCAGUGUCGCCUGUUUUUUGAAUUGAACCUUCUGAAAAAUAUUGCGCAACUUGAUAUUAUCAGUCUGUUCACCUGUACAACUAAAUGUGAAAUUAGGUUUGUGACCAAAAGCCAAUUCCUUACGAUACAAUACGAAAUGGUACGGUAUGAUACGAUAGGAUACGAUACGAAACGAAACGGUAUGGUAUGAUACAGUAUGGUAAGAUACGAUACGGUACGAUAGGGUCUGAUAGGAUUCGAUAGCAUACGAUACGGUACAGUACGGUACUGUACGAUAUGAUACGGUAUGGUACGAUACGAUGCUUCUCUUUUUCCCCUUGGGAAAAUUUGUCUUGGACUCGAGUGCUGCACAUGCUCAACAGUUUCAAUAAAUCAGACAAAUGUUAAGUACCUCAUCUCCGACUGACUUCCCUAUAAAACAGAUGAUGUUUUAGUGGCAGCAGAAGGCAAAGCGAAGUCAAACCUCAGAGCAACAACUCGGCCCUUUCACUGUCUGUGUUUGCCUGCCAUCCUCUUUGUUUGCCAUCUGCCGGUGACCUUCACUUUUAAUCAGAGGUCCAACUUUCUUUUGAAUAGACGGUGCAUUUAUAAUUUAGUGGACUACAUCAUGAAAGCUCCAGCUCGACUCUGUGAAAACUAGCUUUCAAACUUUGUGCUAAAGUACACAGAGAGUGUGACUUGAAUCAGCCGGCGUGGCUUAAUGCUCUGGUCUCCAGGCUGUAAAUGGAGUCCCAGCUCAGAUUGAUUUGUUUGCCUAAUGUAUCUCUGUCACUGUGUAUAAAGAGAGGGCACUGUUGUUCAAACCGGGUUCAGAUUUCAAAGUGUUUACCCGCCUCCCUGCCCCCCUCCCCCCUUCAGCCGUCCUUUUCUCCUUCCCUCGGUCGAUCUCUCUCCUCUUUCCUCACUCCCCCUCUCGUCCUUAAGUACUAUAAAGCUGCACCACUGGGGAUAUCAGUAUCUAUCUGCAUAUUUCUAUGAUGUGCUCUGUGUAUUGGGCUUUGUGGUGGAAUUUGUGAGACUCCCAUUUUAAGCCUGUUUUAACAUAAAGAGCUAAACACGUCUUUUCUCUCUUUUGUUUGGAGGAGUUUGUUGUGUUUUCGUUGUUAUAUAACAAAUCUAUAGUUUGAAAUCUCAACUCACCGGGUUUAUACCGCAGAAACAGCCUCGAUGGCGUUAAAGUAAACACCUUUGAAAUCUCAUGUGGGGAACCAGUCGCCCACCGUCACUUUGUGCAGAGUCUCCUUUUAUAAAACUGAAGUGUUGGGUGGGUGUGGAUGCGGGGAUAUCGUCUGUCAGUUGUGGUUUUUGGAUCUCCCGGGAAAUGGUAUCCACUUCCUCUCAGCGGAGCAUUAGUGACACAGUGAUAUUGGAGAGAGCGGCCAAGAACACAGCUGCUCCACCAAACCUCACACCACUCCAUCAGAGACCAGAGAGCAGCAAGCUGUGGGGGCCAAGGCUACCAAACUCCCAUGUGGCUCCGCGGAGCUGCUCUGUCCUUCAUGGCUGUUUUGAGAGCAUCUGUUCAGUCAGAAAGUGUUCAAGAUCAGAAGAUGUGAGCAGGCUGACGUCAUUGGGCUUCUUUAGAAUGAUAGAUGGUGUAUGGUAUCCUGUUAGGUCAAUGAAGUAGUUUGAUUAUCUCCAAACUGUGCUGCUCGGCCUGGAAAAAAGAAAAGCAAAAGUUUUCAGUCCAGAGAGAUGGAGAUAACUUUAGUUCUUCUAAAAUUGACAAGUCUUUGUUUUGUGCUGUUGCUCUGGGAGUGUUUCAGAUUUGGCUUCGCUGCAGCAGGAGCAGUGUUGACUUCUCUGACUGUCUCGUCAUGAAAACUUCUCAGCAGAGAAACAACGAGGACUAAAAAGUCCUUUGCACUUAAAUAAGCAGUCUGAUUAGUUUAGCCUGAUUCAAGAACCGAUCCCUAUUUUAUUACAAACAAAUAAUGUCCAAACUUAACCUUGGUAAGGCUUGACUUGAGCAAUUUGCAAGACUCAGACACAACCUGAUAUCCGGUUCUGCUGUCCUAUCAGGAUGAUGCUGAAGGACACGCCCCUCUUGAAGAUCUCUCACAGUCCACUUCAGCUCUUGACUUUUGCCUCUUCUCACAGUUCAUUCUUAAAGACGAAGACAACAGAAAGUAGUGGCAACCAUGACAUACUGCGGCUGUUGACUUUUUUGGAAACAACCCAUUGAGCAUUUUUUGGUUUAAAAGAAUAGAUAAAUAGUUAUCGAAUAAUGGGUUAAAGUGCAACGUCUAAAUUCCUUCUAAAAAUAAACAGAAUCUAGACUGUUGAAAUUCGGUCUUAAAAAAAAAAUAGACGUCUAAUAGCCGUCUAUUGAUCAGUGGGAAGGGCUGGUACUAGCUGGAUCUAAGUCUCAUCUGUGACUGAAACCUGGAGCUGGUCCAUCUAAAGAGACCUUCAUGAAGGUUGGAAGCUCUAAGUCACAUUAUAACAGGUAAUAUAGGAGAAGCUACAGGAGCUAGCCUUGGCGCUAACAUCCAGACUCAGGCGUUUUCAGUAACUACAAAGUUGUGUAAAAAGUAACACCCUCAAGCUGUGCCGAACUUGAUAUCAGUGAAGUCCAAAACUUUCUGAAGAAACAGAACUUUGGACAGACGUCAGAAUCAAAUAAAUCGAGUGUUUCUGAGCUGUCAGUCCUGCAGACCUGUGGGCGUCCCAAACCGACGUAAUGAAAGGUGACAGUGAGUGUAACCUGUCUCCUCCUUCAGCUCAGACGAACUCUGCGUUUCACAGAUACAGAGUUAGAGCCAUCAUCCACAGCCUCAGCUGCUUUUCCACAGACAUUCCUCCCAUUCCUGCGAGCAUCCCACAGGGCCUUUCUAAGCAGCCGGUCAGAGCCCGUCUUCCACUGCUCUUCUGUGAUAAGGACAUGAAAGGGCUGAUACACAGUAGCAGGAGUAUUUAGGACAGAGGUCAGACUGGAUUUACGCCGCAGCGAGUCGACUUCCCUCUCCUUUCGCAGCAUUUCAGCCGUCAGAUUCGUACGUGUAUAUUUCCUCUGACAAACGACAUUUUCUAAACCCCGAGAACAAUGAAUCAUGCAACAGUUCAGCCCCAAAAAUGUGUUGGAUGUCAGGCCAGUUUCUGAGACAGCGCUGGCAGCUCCUCUUGAGUUUUGUCUCACUUUUCAAUCAGAUGUUGUUUUUGGGAAAGGUUGAAUCUGCAUCGUAAUUCUUUUGACACUCGGCUGUAAAAUGGCUGUAAAGCGGAGGAGGAGACGGAGAGAGCAUCUGGUUUUUAUUCAAACGCUCACCUGUGUUUGCUCUGGACGGGACAUCAGAACAUUGCGCCAUGUUUUACAGAGCAACAAAAAGCGGCAUUGACAGGCCGGUGGCGGCGCUUCUGAAACAGUCUGACUAUUGUUUUAUUGUUGGUGGUGAUUGGACAGAUGAAAGUGGAGUGUAGGAUCCGCAGCUCCCCUCCUCCUGGACAUCAUUACCACUAUAAAGCGUCGCCUCUCACAUUGUGUACGACCAGAGAAAAUCAAAUCAGACUCCUGUUUAUUGUCCCCUUUGUACAAGACAUGACAAAUGUCUUCUGUUAUGGUGCGUUUUGUUUUUAUCAUCCAUCUCACAUGGAGGAAAAAACAGCAUGUUAUUGUUUUUUUCUUUUUUGUGUGUCUAUUUUAAAGAAGAGGAAUGUAAAAACCACAACAGAAAAAGCGUCUCAGUCAUAGGGCUAAGUUUAUCCCGGCCUGGCCUGCUCUGUGGUGUUAAUGUGAGGCUUCUCCAGCUCCUAAACACAUUCAUAUCUCCAAAGAAUGUUGUUUUCCUCCCUCAGAUACAAUAGCACUGUGUUUUUCACAUUAUGUUUUGACUCCGCCGAGGUCCUGUCAUGUGGUCACUUCAAUCACUGGGUAUCACGAUGACAACAGGCUCACUGUAGGUUUGCGUGUCUUGAUUUUUGCGUCUUCCAAAAAUUCGGCAUUCUUUCACUCCUCUUUAACCCCGCAGACUUUAUAAAAAGUUUGCGUGUAAUCUGAAAAUAUGGAGUCAACAAUAGGAGUUGUAACGUCUAGUAUUAUGAAACCUCUCAUGCAAAGUUUUAAAUUGUUCUGAAAAGUUUUAACUCUGGUGCCUCUUCACGACUUUAAAAUUCAAAUCAUACCAUCAGAGAGAAGAUUUUUGAGCACUAACUCCAUUUUUUUAAAUGUUCCCUGCAAAUUUGGCAGCGAAAAAAGACAUUUUUCUGUUAAAAGGAAGCAGAGGGAGAUUACUCUUUCACACAUGGACAUGGAUGGCUGGAGAAAAGAGGGAAAAAUUGCAGAUAAAUGCGUCAAGAACAAAAAAAAAAAGCAGUAAUAAAGGAAAUUUAAUAGGACAAGUCGACCUUGGCUUUGGGUUUAACAGAUGGAGAUAAUUGUGGGGAUUUAAUUCAGGGAACGCUGUUAUUAAGAGCUAAAAAUGAGGAGGACUGCACUGAUCAUAACAAAUGAAAACGGCAGAAAUGAAGCAGGAAUAUUUUUCUUGACUUAUUUCAAAGAACUUAUGGAGAAAAAUGUUUGGAAAUAUCCUGAAAUCAGAUUAACAUUUGGACGUGUCUUAUCUAUGUCGCUAAGAUUGAAUUAAGACAGAGUCACUUGGAGAGUUUUCUGCAGUGCAAACAUCGUCCAAUCAGCUGCAGGGAAACCCUUCACAGAGCUGUCCCACACAUCAGCAUUUAGCAGUUUUUAGUAAAAGUUUAAUUAAAGAUCAGAUGAUAAUGGGUUCAUGUUUGACUCAGUCAUGCAUUAAAGAGAUAUUCCAGCAUAAAGGAAUAGUCCGGCCUACGUCUCCACGCGCAAAACUCGACUAAAACGCCACUCUAUAUCAACAAAUAAUGCUCAGAACAGCACCUAACUUCAUCAACAGGACAUAUAGGGUCACAGACAUAGUACUAGACACCAAACAUCUUUUUAACUUUGACUAAUUUCUUUAGAAAAGGGACUAAACACAACUCACCCACUCUCUUCCAGCAGCCGCUUCAUUGUGGGGGAGCCCUGACAAGUCGAUCACCGAGUGCAGUGGAAAAUUUAUAAUUAUUACUCAAUGGAAAUGCAAUCGAAGUUCUUGUGUUUCUUGUAUGUGCACUGCAGACUCGGUAGUUCUUCUGUCUUAGUGUCUCGGUCUGAUUGCAUUUCCAUGAAGUAAUGACCAUAAAUGUUCUUCCUUGAGCUGUGGAACUCCACUGCACUCGGUGAUGGACUCGUCAGGGCUCCCCCACAAACAAGCAGCUGCUGGAAGAGAGUAGAUGAGUUGUGUUUACUCUCUUUGCUAAAGAAAUGAGUCAAAGUUAAAAAGAUGUUUGGUGUCUAGUACUAUGGCUGUGACCCUAUAUGUCCUAUUGAUGAAGUUAGGUGCUGUUCUGAACAUUAUUUGUGGCUAUAAAGUGGCGUUUUUGUCAAGUUUUGCACGUGGAGACAUAGACCGCUGUGUAUUGCUAUCCUGCGGUCGUUACUAAAGUUGGUAUAACUAGAGAAGCAAGCAGUCGGCUAAAAUUCAUCUCUCAAGGGGGUUUCUAACUCAGUGCUACGAUGUGUUUGACCGUAACUUAAUUUUACACCAGAAUAUCCCUUUAAGACUGAUGCUGAUUAUGAUUCACCCAAAGACAAAAACCAGAAACAACAUCAGUUGAGUAAAAACAUUCAAGAUCUCACAAUAAAAAUGAGUCACUCUCUCUAAUCUGGAAAAAAAAAAAAUCUGUUUAUUCAAAAUUGUUUGAAUUUUAAUUAAAAAAAUGCUGCAAAUACAACAAGAGCUUUUUUUUCCUCCGGACGUUACGCUAAUUUGAAGGAACUUUGAAGAAAGGUUUGGUUUUUGAGAUUUGUAUUUGGAAAUGUGGUGGUGGUUUAGUUUUGACGAGUGUACUGAGAAAUUUGAUUAAAAUAGAAACGUGUUGUUGUUGUGUAGUUGAUGGAAAAAAUGAAGCCAAUACUAUUUAGUUUAGAGUAAAAAAUGAGUAGUAGAAGUACAGAAAAGGCUAAAAAAGCACAAAAAUUGUAAAUGAGUAAAUGAGUGUUUACGUGUGAGUCAGCGUAUUAUUUGUGUGGCACGGACAUGUGUGGUGUGACUGGUGCGUCUGAAGCCCUCCUCAUCCUCACCACUGUGUCUGAUGAAGGAGUUAAAGGCACGCUAUGCUCUCUUCACACUGCGGCGCUGUAAUUAGCCUGGUUUACUCUUCCUGCUCGCUCACUCAUGCUCCGUCUGCUCCGUCCGACUGAAGCAGAAUUAAAGAUUUAACAUGUGAGGAAGGUUAUGAGGAAGGGUGAGGGUGAGGGCACAGUGUCAGACGGAGCUCCUUUAAAAAUACAUGAAGUCAUCCAGCUCUGCAGGCUAAUAAGGCUCAGUGUUGUUUUUCCAGCUGUGUGUCCAGCCCUCUUCUUCUCCUAUCACGCUAACAUCUAAAGGAAACAUUUACCGUGCCACCAUUAGUCGAUUAUGAUCACUUAGACCUGGACCCUCACUCAGAUUAAACGGGCCCUUAUUUUACCCCUAACCUUUAGAAGAUGAAGAAGAGCCCAGAAAAAGGGGUCCUGGAGGUGUAAUGGCCCCUCAGAGUGUUGCCAUGUGUGUUUGCCGUGUCUGGCUGUUGUCCCGUCGCGGUGACAGUUGCCCUCGGGGCGCCUGAGGGGGUGAACCUACAGAAAAAGAAGUCCAGUGGAGACGGAGGCUACUGUGACUGGAGGAGCGAUGUCAGAGGGCGGUCAAUAAGUGGGAGGAGCCAGAGUCACCCUCAGAGAGAAAGAGAGAGAGAGGAAGGAGGAUGACGGCCGUUAUUGGCACAGGGAGAGUCGGUCACCUUUGAUCCCUCAGUUGAAGUAUCACUCCUGUCUUCACAGCUGUGUUUGCCUCCUGCCUCCUCCUCCUCCUCCUCCUCCUCGUCUUCCUCCUCCUCUCUUUGCUCAAACACAAAACACUAGCAGUCUGUUCCCUUUAGCCUCUCACUCUUAGUCUCUCUCUGCAAACACUCACAUGUCAUUUUUGGACUUAAAGGGAACACGGUGCUGCAGCUUCAGUUCCCAGUGGACUUUUUGAACUGUUUUUGCCACAUUGUCAACAGGCAAACAAAGACUAUAUAUCAGGAGCUCCACCUGUUCUCAUCUUUUAAUUGUGUUUUUCUUGGAUCAAGUGUCCUCUAUCUCCUCUUUUGAACUUGUUUCUGCUCAUUCGUCCUCUGGGAUGAAAACUUUGACAAAAUUGACCAAUCAUAAGGACUUUUGCAAAUUUGAUCUACCUGAUUCACCUUUUGCUUCCAUAUAGAGCCUGAUUUCACAAUUCAGUGCUCAUUCUUCAUUUUUGUUGUUUUUAGAGAGUCUGAGCGAUAAAACCAGAAGGCGUCUGAGUUUCAUUGAGUGAUUUGUAAAAUGAAAACAGACUUAUUGGGACUUUUUGGCGUCCUGUUCGCCUUCCUCUCCCUCGUGUAGCCCUUCAACCACAUUUAUUUCUUUCCUUGGAUGAUUUUUUCCAUUGUCUUCAUUUCUCACCUGCAGACUCACAUAUCCAGAUUACCGCCCGGGACGGUUCCUGGACAGUGUCUGGCCAUCGAGGGAGGUGUGUGUCGACUGAUGAGUGUGGUGGAGUGAGCGGCGUUCUUCCUCCUCUUGGGCUUCUUCAGCAAUAUUCCAGUACAAACACCUUUCUUCCAAACCGCCCACACACACACACAGACACACACACACACACACACACACACACACACACACAUUCAGCCUUCACCUCCACAGUACCUUUUUUUGAUGCCAGAAGUAAUAAGCUUUAGCUGUUUAAACAGGUGUCCAGGAAGGAGGUAGGGGAGUUAUCUUCGACUUAGUGCACUUACAGGACUUCCCUUCGCCACAGUCUGCCUCCAGCAUGCACUCUAUGCCAGUCCCCUCCCCAACCCCACCCCACCCCACCCCCACAUCUCUCCAGUGUCACCUGGAUUUGACUUGAUGCACCAUUGCCUUGAUGCACCAUUUUCUCUUUGUUACUCUGAUCCACCUUAAAGUCACUUCCUUCCUUUUUGUAUAUAAGCUAUGAUUUAGGAAAACAGGGUGGAUGUUCAACUUGUUUUUUUCUUUCUCUUCUGAACAGAUGUGACUUUUUUAAGGGAAAUUCAAGGACUUUUUUUUUUUCAUUCUUCGAUAACUUUGAGUUUUUAUUGAGGGAUAGUUUGUGUCAUUUGAAGCAGAGCUGUAUGAGGUACCUUUGAAAACUUGGUUAAAAAUCUGCAAGAGAUGGCAGCUGGCAGUAUUCCUGUUUGAAGGAGCUGUCCAGACUGAACAAAACUCCUGAAAUUUUUUAAAAAUUAACCUCAGAGAAUGGAGCAAAGAUAAAAAAGAGCAAAGAGAGAAAUCUGCCAAAGAUCCUCUGAGCUCGAAAGAGCAGCAUCAUAUUAUUUUGUUUUGCUUUGUGCCUUUUGUCCUCGAUAUAAGCCACAGACUCAAACAGCUGAUUCGCUGCAGUGAGCUGCUGGUGUAGAAAUACAAACGUCGUGUUUCAGUGCCAAAUAAAAAACCCCCUUGACAAAAACUCCUGACAUUUUUCAGCAGGGCUGCAUACUGUAUGUGAAAACUAUCUGACGCAUUUUUCACAUCAGCUUUUUUUACCCGACCAGUCCCCAAAUAAAAGUCUGCAAAAAGAGACCUGCAGUGUUCAAAUGGACGUUUCAACGCAGCAGGUUAAAGUCAGGAAAAAUCCACACUGAGCUUACCGAGUGUUUUGAUUUCCACGUUGUAGAAAUUUCCUCAAACAUGAUUAACUGUAGUUGUAAACAUAGUUCAAGUUGCCGUUAUAGAGAACUACUCCACCUCAUAUGCACCAUCCAUCCAGCCUACCCACUCCUGAAAAUUUCCAGACUUUUCAGGAGUGCUGCCUCCUGUGUGUGUGAAUAAUUAUGGCCAGAUUUUCACCCCAAAUUUACUCGUUUAAUUUCCAUGAAAAGUUUGGGUGAACACAGCAAGGUAAAAAAAAAAGUCUGGACAUUUUCAGGAGUAUGUUUGACUUUAACAGAUACGGUGUCCUGCUGUGUGGUGCAUGAUGGGUAACUUCAGAUGUCCUGGAAUUACCCAGAGUUUGUGGGAUUGUCCUGCAGCUAGAAAUUUCAUUAAUUUUCCCUGAAAAUUACUGAUACUGGAAUUUGCCAACUUCCAUUCUUCAAGACAGGAUGUCACAUCAAAAGCGUGCAGAUAAUUUUGCCUUUUUCUGUUCUUUCUGGAAAGUUCUGGUCAAUUUCAGGAGUUUUGCGCUUCUCUAAACAGGGUCAACAUGAGCUGCCUUCUACUGUAAGUUAUCCCCUCUCUGUCGCUUAUCACCUCGUACUUCCUGACUUCACUUUAUUCGAACUAUCCCUUUGAAAAGAUGUCAGAUUGCACCUUGUAGACGCCUGCUACUCGACAUAAUUGUUCUGAAUGAAGCAUUUAUAGCUGUGAGAGUCUAACAGUGAUGUUGAAGAUAUUUACAGAGUUGAAACACAGAUUCACUUCCAUAUACUUGUACACACGUUGUUAUUAAUCUUGCAGCAUACUGUUUUAUGUAGCAUUACUGCAUUUUAGAUCCUAAUGAAUUUUAUCACUAUUUCAGCUCCAGAAUGCUUUGCUUCGAUUGUUUUUAAAAAUGUGAAAACAUAGAUACUGCAUGUAGAAAAUCUCGCUGUAACCACCCCCUCUCUGUUUCAGGGAGCUAUGCACUUCUACACUGAUGCUGAUACAUUCUAGUGCUCAGGUAGCAGCAUUCGAUCCCACCACCAAACAUGACUGUUAGUCCUUAUUAAUAAUAACAUAAAUUUAUAUUUCUAUAGCCACACUGACAGAGACAUGUAUUUUCUAGCUGAACGAGAAGCCGAACCUUACUUAUGCAUUGAGCCCAUGAAAUGGUGCUGUCUGUGGAGAGCUAAAAUUGAAUCUUCUGUUGAGAGAAAAACUUACUACUAAGAAUUCCAGUCUCAACUACGAACCAUAUCAGAGCUAGUUUAUUCUUUACUUGAAGAUGCAACUAAUAUAAGACGUGAUAAGCUAUGGGAAUGGUAAUAUGUGCACAGCUCUCUUUAGUGCUCAAAAAGUGAAUAAAAUCUAUGUUGCUACAUUU